GCAGGGCUCAUCAUCUCCCCAACGUUGGGAGUGCAAGACGGGGUGGAGUUUGGAAGGAGGGAGAAGGGUGUGUGCAAUACGGCGGGGGUGAGCAGCGGGGGGGGUUGGGGAACAGGGGAGGACGGGAGCACCGACCGAUCGGGUGAUGCUGGGUUGUUGCUGUAAGAGCUUUGCAUGGGACGGGGCUCCGGGCGCUGCGCUCGUUACGCUGCUGCGGAGAUGAACACCGAGGGUGAUGACGUGGCGCAGGCUUCUGGCAUUGGUGAUAGCUGCGGUGGGGCGAUGGAGAUUGCUACGGGGUCUGGCGCUUCUCAUGGAGCCGGCGUAGGUGGCGGGCUUUCACUAAGGGGGCAGCAAAGCAGUGUAGUGGCAAGGGGCGGGGGGGAGCAAGCGGACGAGCUGCGCGAUGGAGGCGGCGCGCAGGGGCAGGAGUCUGUGGCGGUGGAGAAAAGGGGGGAUUUUGCAGCCGUCUGUCGAUGGACGCUUGCGCAAUUCGCCAAGGUCAAGGCGCGUGCACUCUGGAGUAGAUAUUUUGAGGUAGGAGGUUACGAUUGCAGGUUAUUAGUCUAUCCUAGAGGCGAUUCUCAAGCUCUUCCUGGUUAUUUGUCCAUUUAUUUACAAGUCACGGAUCCUCGUGGCACCUCUGCGAAAUGGGACUGCUUUGCCAGCUAUCGACUGUGCGUACUCAAUCAGCGAGAUGAGUCCAAAUCCAUCCAGCGCGAUUCCUGGCAUCGCUUCUCGGGGAAGAAGAAGUCGCACGGUUGGUGCGACUUCACUCCGUCGUCCACCGUCCUGGACCCUAAGGCCGGCUUCUUAGCGAACGACGCAGUGCUUAUCACUGCAGAGAUUUUGGUCCUUCACGAAUCCAUCUCUUUCUCGAGAGAGAAUGAGAUGGCGACGAGCGUGGGGCCCGUGCCAGAGGUGCUGAGCGGCAAAUUCACGUGGCGUGUGCACAACCUCUCCCUCUUCAAGGAGAUGAUUAAGACUCAGAAAAUCAUGAGCCCUGUCUUCCCCGCGGGGGAAUGCAAUCUUCGCCUCAGCGUCUACCAAUCCUCUGUCAAUAACGUUGACUAUCUCUCCAUGUGUCUCGAGAGCAAGGACACGGACAAGUCGGUGACCCCGGAGAGAAGCUGCUGGUGCCUCUUCCGCAUGUCCGUCCUCAAUCAGAGGCAGGGUAUGAAUCACAUCCAUCGGGAUUCCUACGGCCGUUUUGCUGCAGACAACAAGAGUGGGGACAACACCAGCCUUGGCUGGAACGAUUACAUGAGGAUUUCAGACUUCGUCACGGGGGAGAUGGGGUUUUUGGUGGAUGACACGGCAGUGUUUAGUGCGUCGUUUCACGUGAUCAAAGAGACGAGCACCUUCUCGAAGAACAUCACGCCGAAUGCGAGCGUGGGGGGGGGCGGAGGCGGAGGGGCGGGCCGAGCGGGGGGCGCGAAGAAGAGCGAUGGUUUUCACGGCAAGUUUGUAUGGCGGAUUGAGAAUUUCACCAGGCUCAAGGAUCUUCUGAAGAAGCGGAAAAUCACUGGACUCUGCAUCAAGAGCAGGCGGUUUCAAGUGGGCAAUCGGGACUGCAGAUUGAUCGUCUACCCGCGAGGUCAGUCGCAACCUCCGUGCCACUUAUCAAUGUUCUUGGAGGUGACAGAUCCCCGAAGCACAAACGCUGAUUGGAGUUGUUUUGUCAGUCAUCGGUUGUCUGUUGUGAAUCAACGCUUUGAGGACCGAUCUGUUACAAAAGAGUCGCAGAAUAGGUACUCGAAAGCAGCCAAAGACUGGGGUUGGCGGGAGUUUGUAACGUUGACCAGCCUGUUUGACCAGGACUCGGGAUUCCUUGUGGCGGACACUGUGGUUUUCUCGGCGGAGGUAUUGAUUCUUAAGGAGACAUCGACGAUGCUGGAGUGUCCAGAAGGCUGGGAGGGGUCCCCUGCUGUUGCAGCAAAUGCCGUGCUUGCAGCAACAGCUGCUUCGGGAACAAGUGUCGCUGUCGUUGGGACACCAGUUGUUGGUGGUUGUGAAGUUGGGAGAAUCUCCAAUGGGGGUACAUUCACAUGGCGUGUGGAGAACUUCCUUGCAUUUAAGGACAUCAUGGAGACUCGAAAAAUCUUCAGCAAGUUCUUCCAGGCUGGAAACUGCGAAUUGAGGAUAGGAGUGUACGAGUCAUUUGACACACUGUGCAUCUACUUGGAGAGUGACUGCUCAACAUCGAACGAUCUUGACAGGAACUUUUGGGUGCACUACCGGAUUGCGGUCGUCAACCAGAAAUAUGCGGAUCGAACGGUGUGGAAGGAGUCGUCUAUCUGCACGAAGACAUGGAACAACUCUGUCCUGCAGUUCAUGAAGGUGUCUGAUAUGCUCGAAGUGGAUGCGGGCUUCCUGGUUCGAGAUACUGUUGUUUUCAUUUGUGAGGUGCUCGAUGUCUGUCCAUGGUUUGACUUCGCAGAUUUGGAGGUUUUGGUUUCAGAUGAUGAGCAGGAUGCGCUCAGCACAGACCCUGAUGAGAUUUUGGAUACAGACAGCGAAGAAGUCAGUGGCGAUGAAGAAGACAUUUUCAGAAGCCUUCUUGAGCGUGCUGGUUUCCACCUCAGCUUUGGGGAUAGUCCGCCGUUGAUACUGGACCCUUCGCAACUACAAGUCACGCUGCGGGAGAAGCUGCUGAUGGAUGCAGGGGCUGUGGCUGCAUUUCUUGCCGGACUACGAAUGUAUCUUGAUGACCCAGCCAAGGUGAAAAGAUUGCUAAUGCCUACCAAAGCUGCCGCACCUUCAGUGACUACUGUUAGUGGACCUGCUGGCAUGCAGAAAGGGCUGGGAUGUGGCAUCAAUGGGAAGGGUCAAGCAUAUGGGGUUGUGGGAGGACAAGCGGCUGGAGGCGGGGAAGCUACCUCGCCAAGCUUGAUGAACCUGCUCAUGGGGGUGAAAGUGCUCCAACAGGCAAUAGUUGACCUGUUGCUAGAUAUCAUGGUGGAGUGUUGUACGGAAGGAGGUGCUUUUGGAGGGUCUUCCUUGAAAGGGGCAGACAAUGGAAACAACUUGUUUGCAAACACAGGUGUUGCCUCCAUGGCAUCAGGAGGGGCUGCCCCUGCAGUGGAAGGGAAGGCUACGAGAACGACCGAAUUUGGGUCUAGAGCAGGAGCAAGUAAUGGUGCUGCUGCCGCUGGUGCUGCUGGGGUCUCAGAGCGGAAAGCAGGAGGGGGAUCUCCGUCUUCGCUGGCAAGGCCUGUGGAUGUCCGACUUGAGUCUGGAGCAGAUUCUGGUGAAGGAGGGCAGUGUGUCAGCAGUGAUUCAUCCAUAAGUGAUGGAGUGGGCAUGGGCGUAGGAGUGGGGAUUGGUAUGGUUCGAGGAGCUGGAGGAGGCAUGCAUGGGUCCAGAGGUAGCGCAAAUGGGAGCGGAAGCGGCAGUGGAGGUGGCUCGUCUCCAAUGCCUCCAGAACCUCCUGGUCAAGAGCCCUUGAAAAGUCCGACCAAUUGUCAUGUGCAAAAGUCUGCAGGUCCAAGAUGGCCCGAGCAAUCUGACGAACUCCUUGGUUUAAUCGUGGACUCUCUACGAACUCUGGACAGUGUUGUUACACAGGGGUGUCCAGAGCCUAGGCGGAGGCCCCAGUCAGCACAAAAGAUUGCUCUUGUUCUUCAAGCGGCGCCAUCUCACCUUCACCAGGACCUGAUCGGGCUCGUACCAAAGCUGGUGGAUGCAGCCGAGCACCCAAUUGCCGCUCAGGCGUUGCUAGAGCGGCUGAGAGUACCAGAUGCAGAUCCUGCAACGCGCAUGCCUGUCCUUGCAUCUCUUAGUCAGCUGGAGGUUGGUCCUGACGUGUGGGAUCACGUCUUCCGUAGUGGACUGGAAACAAUGGUUGCGGUGGACGACGAUUUGCUUGCAACUGCUGUAAGCAUUGUUUUCAAGGCUGCGGCCGAAGUCAGGGCACUACCUCUAGCGGCAAGAGCUGUUCGGGAAAAAUUGAAAAAGCAAGGCCCGGCAGUAUCCCCACGUGUUUUGGAAAUGGUAAGGAUGCUGGUUUGCACACGGCUGGAUGUCGCUGAAGCUCUCCUGCAAGAUAUAGAUUCAGACUGUGAGCGGAGCGAAGAUGAGAUUGUGGCGACCACAGCACCUCUGGUGUUUGGCGACAGAGCAGAUGAUAUCGGUGCCAGUGUGAGCGAGCUUUCGCAGGUGGCAGCAGAGCGGGCGGCAGCAGCUGCUGCAGUGUGCUGGCGUGUUGCAGAUGUGGACAUGUUAGUGGAAAUGCUGACGGUUCCUCAGCUGAGGGUGGAUGCGCAGCGCGUCUUUGAACGGGCCAUUGCUCGUGGCGCGUUUGGGGAGCAGUCGGUGGUCAUGGUCCUGGAAAGAAGACAGUCCCAAAGACUGAUAAUGGACCCAAGAGUUGGUGGAACAACUGCUGGCGGCGGCAUGGGACUUGGUGUAGGAGUGAGCAUUGGCUUGCCUGUUGGGGUGAUGGACAACAGCGUUCCAAUCGUCUCGUCUGGCAGCGAAGAAGACGACGACUUCCCCGUCGUUCUUGGCCUCGCUGAAGCUCUUGCUGCAUCGCAAGAUGUUAGAGUGAGAGAAUUCGUCAGCACCUUAUAUGCUGUUAUGUUCAAAGUGUAUGGCGAUGAGGGAUGUCGGGAGAGGAUGCUCCGUGGACUGGUUGAGAGGGCAACAAGCAGUUCGAGUGGGCCGUCGGAAGUGGAAUUGGGGAUGGACAUUCUGACCUUCCUUGUGAGGGAGGAGGAGGGGACGGCGCGGCCAGUCCUCAGCAUGAUGCGCGAAACAGCUGAAGUUGCUCAUUCCGACCGGUCUGCUCUUUGGCAGCAGCUACGUGCAACCGAGGAGGAACUCAAUCGGAUGAGGGUGGACAGGCAGGCUGAUAUCACACGCCUUAACCGGGAGAAAGGGGCACUUCAGUCGAAGGUUGGGGAGCUUGAAGCAGCACAAGCACGGGCAAAGGGAGAGGCGCGAGCGGAGAUUGAGAAGCUCACGCGUGAGAAGAAGGAACUGCAGGACAGAGUGCGUGAGAUGGACAAUCAACUUGAGUGGGCGAGAGCGGAGAGGGACGAGGAGGUUGGAAAGCUUGUGCAGGAUAAGCGAAUGCUACAGGAUCGGUUACGGGAGGCUGAAAACCAGUUGAACCAGAUUAAGAACCGCAAACGAGAUGAGCUUAAGAGGGUGGUUAAAGAGAAGAACGUCUUGGCGGAGCGGCUGAAGAACGCUGAAAGUGCAAGGAAGCGGUUCGACGAGGAACUGAAGAGAUUUGCGACGGAAACGAUCACGCGAGACGAGGUGCGACAAAGCCUCGAGGAUGAAGUGCGGCGGUUGAAUGCGGCAGUCGGACAGACGAAAGGGGGAUUACGGGAGAAGGAGGAGCAGGUGAUGAGGUGCGAGGCAUAUAUCGAUGGGAUGGAGGCCAAACUGCACGCGCAUCAGGACUAUAUUCAGACAUUGGAGGCAAGUCUUCAGGAGGAAAUGUCUAGGCAUGCACCGCUGUAUGGGGCAGGGCUCGAGGGCCUCAGCCUAAGUGAACUUGAAACGCUGGCUCGUAUACACGAGGAAGGCCUCCGCCAAGUACGUACCUUGCAGCAGCAGAGGCAGGCGGAAAGCGUUGCUGCUGUCGUUGGUUCGAUUGCAGUCGGUGGCCCGGACCUACCUGGAAGCGCCGGUCCUCCAAUGGCCCCCCUGUAUGCAACGGCGCCACCGAUUGCCGUUGGGUUGCCUCCUCUUAGGGCGAACGGGAUCGUCCAUGGGAAUGGGCACCUGAACGGAGGCCAUCCAUGGUACCCCUCAGCUUGAUAAGGACAUCAGAGAAAGACUGUGGAGACGCCAUCGUAUGUUGAGCGAUGGGGGAGAUGGGCAUGCAUGUGCGCCGGAAUGUUGGCCGCCCUAAGGUGGAUGAGAUUUUUUCUGUAAGUUUGGUGAUGUCAGGGAUUAAAGAGGAAGGUAUGACGAUAGAACGGGCGGGAUAGAGACAAGUGGAGAGAAGCGGGAGUGGGUGGGAGAUGGUGAAAGCGGGGGAGAGUUCUUCGUUUCUCUCUCUUGUGACCACUGUCAGCUGCGGUUACAGCAUCACUCCACCUCCUUUCCCUUCCUUGCCCUAGUCUCUCCUGCUCUUUGCUCUCUUUCUCCAUAGCCUCCGACCCGACAGUCCAGUUGCGACGAAGCCGGGGCUGCUUUCUAUUCUGUGCAGCCAUGGAGGACCUUCCUUCCUUGUCCCUCUCUCUCUCUCUCUCUAACUCUCUCUCUCUCUCUCUCUCUCUCUGCAGGCCCACAGUCUAUUUGCUUUGUGUUAUCUCCAUUCAUGCCUUUGUUGUUGGCUUGUUUCUUUGCUCCGGGUAAACGCCGCCGGCUCCUUGCCAGUCGAUGCUGACAUCAUCAUGUAAACCAUUGUGAAUGCACAGAGUAUUAAGAUUGCUAAAAGUUUUUUUCUUUAGUCUCCUCACGCCACCCUCCGUCCUCUCACUAAUGUAUCAAAAGGACCUUCAGCCUCCCAUUUGGCCUCAGUACUUGGGGAAGGCUUUAUUGAUGAUCCCAGUGCCGCACCACGUGUCGUCAAAGAACGUUGUCCUGUGUGAUUGGUAGCUUUGUAAUACGCUUCUCUUGCAUGUUAUGUGUCGACCUGUUGUGAGAAGUCCUCCUCUUCCGCCAAUGAGGCGGUUUGCUGCAUGAUGUGGGUACAUGUGGUGUAUGAUGAUUGCAGGUAGACACAUGCAACGUGUGCGCCGGAAGAGAGAUCCGCAGAGGCGGCGGCAACAGGGCUUCUAGAGGAGGCUAUUAUGUGGUGUGUUAGAAAUGCCAGAAGGUAGUAGUAUAUCUUUCACGUGAGUCGAACAUCUACAGUCAUGUCUACUUCUAUACAGCAAUUUGUUGAUGUCAUCCCACCCCUCACAAAUCCUGCUCGUCAAGCGCCUCCGUCCACUUCUGACAACCCCUUCCCUUGGCCUUCUUUUCUUUUUUUUCUUUUUUUCCUGCUUGGCUUUUUUUUUUCCUGCUUGGGAUUAUGGGUGAUUCACUGAUUCUUGGUGAUAAAUUUGUGUCUAGACU